CCGGUCUUGCCGUCUCCAUCAGCAGAUGACGCUCCGUGCUCCGUCUCGGCCAUCCUUAUGGAAGGUUCACACUGCGUCCACCUGCGUCCGUAAGGUACAACGUAGUGCAGCUACAAGGAACAGUUGUAUGUAUGUAUGUACAAUACGUGUUGACUGUCGAAGUCACUGUCAAGAGUCAGCUGUCAAACGUGCGGGAUGUCAGAGAGAGACUGAUCGGCGACCCGACGACGCACGCCAGCCGAGAGAUGGACCGCACGAAGUCUUAAUUCUACCUUGGACCGCGAAUGUUGAUAACGAUCGCUCAACUCCAGUUUUCAACCUUGUCCCCAAAGCUGCUUCUUGAAUAUAUAUAGGACGUAUAGGCGUGUAAUAAUCUAUGAAUUUAGGCGUAUUCAACAGAGUUAAUCUCAAGGAUUCCCAAGGAGGGAUGUAUUCAGAAUGGGCCUCGCUGAGCACUCUGAUCCAACAAGGCUCGGAGGAAAGCCAGAGCGUGCUGGAGAAGUUCCCCCCUGGCGCGGGGAAGGAGGUCGCGCUGUCCAUAGUCCGCCAACUCGCCGCAAAUCUCGGCAUCACCCAGGCGGGAGAACCCAGUCCGCUCUCCACCGACAGGGAAGUUCAAUGGUGCAUGGAGGUGAUAUGCUUCGGCCUGUCGCUGCCGCUGGCCGAGCACGACACCGUCAGGGAUUGCGUGAACAUAUACUGCGAGUGGCUGUCCGCUCUGUACUCGACGCCGAAGAUCUCUGUGCCCAGACCGAUCGUGGACGACCCGAACUUCUAUGCCAGGAAGAUUAUAAGUCAUUUUUACAAUCUGUUCGUGCCGAGAAAAGGGGAAGUCUGGCCUUUUCUGUAUCAGGAUCUAGGUACCGACACGAUAAAUCGGCAAGCUGUCCUGUGUCAUCGAGUACUCAGGACUUUGCAGCAAAUCGCGAGAGGCCCAGCGACUCUAGAGAGAGAAACUUGGGAGAGUCUGUUAUUAUUUCUCAUCGGUAUUAACGACGCGCUGUUAGCACCACCGGCAACGAGAGAGGAUGCGGGAGAACAAUUGUGCGAGAGGGUGCUCGGUGUAUUGCUAGAGGUCUGGCUGGUCGCCUGCGAACGCAGUUUUCCUUCACCUCCGUUGUGGCGAACGUUACGAGAAUCCUGCCUGCGAUGGCGUCACAGAUUGGCUCUGGUGGAACAGUGGAAUCGCGUGUGCCUCGCUCUUACGGCGAGGCUGUUGCACAUUAUGUACGGGCCGAUGUUUCCCGAAUUGAAAAUAAGCGAGGAAGACACGCAACUGGUAUCACCUACCAUGUCGGACGAGGCGGUGGCGCAGGCAUGGUACAGGCUGUUGCGUACCAUCGGCGAUCCCGUGGACCUGUGCAGACCCGCCGUCGUCUCGCAAACGCAAGCAUUUCUGCAGUACGCUAUCGCCAGCCCUAACGUCAUAGAUCCGUGCCAGCAUCCGUGUCUGCAAAGUUUGCCGCAGAUAUUUCUGAAAGCUGUAAAAGGCAUAGCGGGUCAAGUCGAUGCUUUUCUGGGAGUUUCACAGGCAUGCUGCUGGGAGGAGUGUUGCGUGUCCAACGUCACGUCGGGAAACAGCGGCACUGGCAGCGGGGGUGUCGGUUGGGACAGGUCGAGCAGUAGGGAUCAGCCUCAGCCGUCUCCCACACCCCCAACACAACGCAGACUUGCCAAAAGUUUCAGUGUCACUCCUUCCGCAGUCACUAAGGGAAUCCCGAAAGCGUCGUUAAUCGGAUUGACGACAAGCCGUGUAACUAGUACACCGCCGAUGCUAAUAUCCAAUUCCGGACCGUCAUCCGCUUCGAGUACUGCAUCUAUGACCUCGCUUGGCCAGGACAUUAGACCUCCUUUAGCUCCAGGACGACCCAAGUGUAACAGUAUACUGCAUCUCUUCGGGGAAUGGUUGUUCGAGGCCGCGUUUAUCGGUACCGAAGGUUGGUCGCAGAACUUACCGCAACCGUCAGGCGCUUCAAAACGUCCGUCAUCGGUACUUGUGGACGGGCCGAGUUCUCUGCAGGAAACCGUGAGCGACGUACCGCCGACACUUUGCAUAGACCGCUACGAGUCGGGCAGAGCGGAGGCAUUGGGCGCCCUGUGUAGAAUUUUCUGCGCCAAGAAAACAGGCGAAGAGAUCUUACCCGUGUACCUGGCCAGAUUUUACCAGGCGAUGUAUCACGGCCUCAAAGUCGACGAGUCUCGCGAAUGUGGCGAAACAUUAGCGAGUAUUCUGUUGAAUUCGGCUGAUCUGUUUCGCCUCGAUUUGAAUGGUAUACAAGUCUUGGUGCCAGCCGUGUUGUCCGCUCUGGAGGUGGUCCUACCGGAGAAAGACCUGAAGCUGAAAUCUAAUAUGGUAUCAAAGCCGGACUUGCGAAGAGCCUCGAUACAUCUGCUAAUAUCAAUGUUAACGCUGCCUCUGCAUUUUCAGAACCUCGCCAUUAAGGAGCUUCCGAUAUUGCCAGGCACGAAUUUAUCCGAGAGAAGUCCCGUAACGUUUGUACAAUUAAAACCGAGGCUCAUGAAUCUACUCAUAAACGCUUUACAAGUGGAGACCGAUCCUCAGAAUACACAUAUGCUAUUGGGUGCUUUGUUACUGAGCGUACAAGAUUCUGCAGCAGCGGAAGAAGUGGAACAGGUCACGCAACCCGACACGGUAGCCAGUGACUCGGCAACUAAUUUAUUAUCUUCAGUCACCAGCGAUUCGGCCAGUCAAAUAAGUAUAUCCAGUGAUCAGCGAUCAAUUGGCGAUGCCUCUGAUAUUGCAACCCUUCAAGAGGAAUGCAUUGCGUUUGAUUCCGCCCACGCUCUUUUUGUACGAGCAACGUACUUGGUGUGUCACCGUCUGAUUUCGUCAUGGAAGACUGACUUGAACAUCUCUCUAGCAGCACUCGAGAUGUUAUCGGGAUUAGCACGCACACGCAUUCGCGAAACAGCAAGGAAGCUCACAGAUGCUCUGGAAUGCAAGAGGGCGGUAAAAUGGUUGUGCGACUACAUUUCGUAUCAGUGUUGGCGUCCACCUCCGGCGCACUCUAAGGAUCUCCAUUCGUCCAUCGUCGCGGCGUUCACUUGCCUGACAACCUGGCUAACUGCCCAUCCGCAAUUGUUACAGGACAAAGACUGCUUGACUACAGUAUUGGAAGUCGUCGAGCUCGGAGUGUCAGGCACCAAGAGUGUCGGAAAACCGGGAGAACCUAUCAAAAUGAAAGACGAAAAAGAGCUAAAGCCUGCUUCUAUGCGCGUAAGAGACGCUGCCGAUGUUCUUCUCACUAUUCUGUUGGAACAGGUCGGUUACUUUCCAAGCGCCUGCGGGGCACAAUCGCUUUCGUCAUUGUUGGACGAAGUAUCUUUGCUUCGGCACUGCAACAGCUGGACCGGUGGACGCGUGGCACGACAAGCGGCCGUCGAGAGAUUUCGUUACUUCGUGUCCGAGAACGCGAUUGUGUUAGCGCUGUUGGAGGAACCACUGGGGAACGAUCAGGAUCCUCAGCCGACCGUGACGGUCCUAAUCCGUGGACCGUUCGGCAGACACGCGUGGACGAUGCAGCUUCGUCAUUUACCGCGUCAUCGAUCCAGCAUCAGAAGUAUAAACAGCAAUCCCGGACGACCCCUGCCGUUAGCUGAAGCCGCACCACGAACGGAUUAUAAACCGAGAUUCUUCCCAGAUAAUGUAGAUCGCAUUCCUCACUGUAAAGUGGAUGAAUCGAUACCGAGUCUCGAGGCAGUUAUGAGUGACAACGAUGCUGUACGUGAUGAACAUCAGAUCCUCGUGCAGUUCUUAGAACGUCAGAUAACGCUCGAGUCGAAGCAUGACAAUGGUAGUGUAAAGGAUGCAGAAGACAAAACCGACGAAUGCGUACCGCCCCAGGUCUGUCACGAGUUCCAAACGGCUCGUCUAUUCCUGAGCCAUUUCGGUUUCUUAAAUAUGGAACCUAAGGAGAACGAGGAAUCCAGAAGUAGCGGGCUAAUCGCUCUAGAUCCGACCAUCCCUGGUUUCUGUACGGACUUGGAAACUCUGGACAACAUCAGCCCGCGAACGUGCGACACCGUUCACAUCUUUUACGUAAAAGCUGGUCAAAAGUCUGCCUCCGAAAUAUUGUCAAACGUGCUGCACGAGGAGAAUGUGUCGCCAAAUUUCUUGGAAUUCUUAAGCUCUCUCGGUUGGCCCGUUUCCGUGUCAGGUCACGCGGGCUGGACCGGCCACGUAUCUACUUCGUGGAGAGUAACGGCGCAAGUCAACGUGCCACAGCCAGCUCACAGCAAUCACGGUGGUGCCCUGUACAACGGUGACACUCACGUGUUGUAUUGGGCGGAUGUGAGUUCGGAAAUCGCAUUUGUUGUGCCUACGCAGUCGUAUCUCAUCGCCAGCACGGAUUCAUUAGAGGAGACCAGUUACAAUAGCGAUAUCAGUGCCAGUGGACAAGCCUGGUUUGAACGGAGCAUCAGUGAAAGUACGGACACUCGCAGCAGUGGAAUGUCACAAAAUACAACGCAGACUUCUCGAGCGAUGUCGCUCGAUUUGGAGAAACAGCCGUCGAGCUUGCCGGGAGCAGGUCCGACGAAUUCUUCGAGUGCAGAUCCCAUCAGGCCUAGAAGGUCGGCAAAGCAAGCUCUGCCGUCUCAAACCAAUACAAAAAUCAUGAUUGUGUGGUUGGAGAGUCUGGAAGAUCAUAUCCAGUUCCCGAUUGGCGAUCUGCUUCCUUCCACCUACACCGGGCUGGAACAAGCGAGGACGCUGCAAGCUACCGAUGUGCACGUUAUCUUUCUUCAAGCCCUCGCUAAUGGUUUGAUGCGGGUCAGAUUGCAGGGGCCGGUUUCGAGAAUCAAUUUGGCGACGCCCUUAAUCGACGGUAUGGUGGUAUCGAGAAGAGUCUUGGGAACCUUGGUUAGACAAACGGCUCUUAAUAUGGGACGUAGAAGAAGGCUGGAUAACGACAGUUAUCAUCCACCGCACGUUCGAAGACGUCUAAAAAUUCAAGAGAUGGUACAAAAAUAUAAAAGAAAUUUAACGGACCCAGAGUUAUUGACACUUUUAUUCAGCAGCACUCAAACUUAUUAAGGAAUAAGGAAUUUUCAAGAAUCUCAUCUAUGAACUUGAGUUUCGGGACAGCGGUAGCCUAAUUCCUUUGCUGCUGUUACAAAGUAAUUUUUGUAAAAUUUAAGGAUGGAUUUUAUACUUUAUGCUAUAUAUUAUUAUGUAUCGUGAAGAUAAAGUUAUUAUCUUCUGAAAUAACAGAGAAGAUAACAUUUACUUCAGAAAAUGUAAGUAAACUCUUUUUCCCGAUUGUUACAAAUUCGUAAUAAAGCAGAGCGAGUGAUUUUCUAUCUGCAUCUAUUUCUUAUCGAAAGACAUGCUCAUUGUAUUAAUAAUUCUUUAUUUCCAACAUCAUUUUUCUAUAUUUUGUUCAGAUUCCUUAAAUAAAAAACGAGCUGUAUAAUAACGUAUCGAAAUAUAAAAGAUAAAAUUACAAAAUAAUAAUUCUAACGUUAUAACGAAAAAUGUUAUCAAGUGUCGGACUUUACAAGUUUAAGGUUCCUGAAAUCUCGCCGCGGUCAUGUAGAUCGUGACGUCAGAGGCGAGAAAUGACAUAUGUUGAGAAUUCUUGCGCGCUAUUUUUAAAUAAAAAGAUAUUUUGAUGAAAAAAAAAAAAAAAAAUACUUCAGAUUGCUUUUUAACACACUUAUAAAAUAUUCUGAAAACUUUGACGGCGGCGAAUACCCAGGAGCCUUAAUUAAAAUAAAAACAUUUGGGAGACCAUAGUAAAGAAAGAUGAUAAUGAUUCGGAGAAAAAGUUAUUUACAUUUUCUGAUCGUUCUCAGACUUUUCACAAAUUGAUUUUAUCUCUCAAUGCGUUAUGUAUAUAUGUACAAAGAUUAUUCUCAAUCUGAGAAAGAAUUGAGCAUUUUCAAGAAUUUCAAUAUAAAAUUUUCUGAUAAUCCUAGUUUCCGGUUAUUUUACGCACAAUUCUGAAACUUAAUUCCAAGGAUGAUGAGAAAGAUGAUUAAAAUGUAUUACAAGUGCAUUCAAUUGACGAAUUAUAUGAUUUUCUGAUGAAAGAAGUCUAUUAAAAAAAUAGAUGAUCGUAGAUGAAUGUUUCGGGAGAAUAUAUUUUUGUUAUAUGAUUUUUAAUAUAUGUGUACUACACAUAAAAGGCUUUAUACAUACAUUACUACUUGUAAAAUCAGUAUUGUAGAUAACAUUGUAAAAAAUAAAUUAUCUAAUUGCAUAUAA